AUGGUGCUCGAUUCUGACAUUAUUAAAUUUUUAAUUGCUUCUGAUAUUCAUGCAGGAUAUGGAGAAAACAAGCAAUAUAUCGGAAAUGAUUCUUUUGAAUCUUUACGCGAAGUUCUUUCAAAUGCAAAAGAAGCCAAAGUUGAUUUUGUUUUAUUGGCUGGAGAUCUUUUCCAUGAGAACCACCCAUCACGUGAAACACAGCUUAAAGUUGUUCGUCUUUUGCGGACUUAUUGCACUAAAGGGGAAAAGCCUGACUUGGAUUUUGUUUCCGAUCCAACAAUCAACUUCCAACACAGCAACUUUCCUUCAGUGAAUUAUCUGGACGACAAUUUGUGUAUUACAGUGCCUAUAUUUACUAUUCAUGGAAAUCAUGAUGAUUUGUCGGGGAAGGGUUUAUCAGCUCUCGAUGUUCUUCACGAAUCCGGCCUUUUAAAUUUAUUUGGAAAAUAUUCUGAUUUAGAUCAUCUUGAAGUUGCACCAAUUCUUUUAAAACGAGGAUGUACCAAAAUUGCUUUGUAUGGGAUUGGAAGUCAGCGUGACGAUCGUUUGGCGCGGGCUUUUUCGAAAGGAAAGAUAAAAUUCAAACGUCCGGAAGAUGAUGAUUGGUUUUAUAUUCUUGUUCUUCAUCAGAAUCGUCCUCCUCGUAGCAAACUUCGAAGUACAAAAUCACAUGUUUCAUUCAAAUGUAUUCCCGAUUUUUUUGAUGUUGUUAUUUGGGGUCAUGAACAUGAGUGCCUUAUUGAUCCAGAUUUCAAAUCUUUUGACGUUAAUGGACAAAACAAAUCUUUUUAUAUUAUUCAACCAGGAAGUACAGUUGCUACUGCAUUAAGUACUGAAGAAGCAAAAAGGAAGCAUAUUGGAAUUAUGUCAGUACAUAGAAAACAAUUUAAAUUAAAAAAGAUUGAAAUGAAGACUGUUAGGCAAUUAAUAAUUGAUGAACUUGAUUUAAAUGAAGCUGAACCUUCUGCAAAAAUUUCAAAAACAACUAUUCGACAAAAAAAUAUGAAGGAUGAACAACUUAUAGAAGAUAAAAUUGAACAAAUGUUGGAAUCGGCAGAGAUUGCGCGCGAACCUAGUAGACCUUUUCCACCACGUGUCCGACUUAAAGUUGUUUACUCUGGAAAAUGGUUGAAUAUUCCGCCUAUCAAUGGCCGAAAAUUUGGGGCUAAAUAUAUGGAUCGCGUUGCUAAUGCUACUGAAAUGAUUUUUGUGCGAGUCAAAAGAGAAGAUAAAAAGGCUGUAAAUGUGGAUGAUUCGAUUAUUCAAUUUCUUGGACCUAGAACUGAUGAUGUUUCUACUGUUGAUGAAAUGGUUAAUAGAUUUUAUGGAAAUUGUGAAUUCAAAAAAUGUUUAACAAUAAUCUCUGAAGGUAUUAUGGGAAAACAAUUAGAAGAAUACUCAAAUACUGACACAAAUACACAAUUUAAAUAUACUCAUGCUGAUCGUGCACUGUCAGAAAGUAUUAAAGAACAAAUUGGGGAGACUGGAGACAAAGUGAAGGAUAUUAUGAAGGAUAAAGUUGAUGAUAAUGAAUGGGUAAUAAGUGACGUUCGUUGCCGUUCUGAACUUAUCCUUUGA